AUGCCGUGGGGACUGGGACUGAUCGGAGAUUUUUUGGACUCUGUACCAGGAGUUGGCUACGUUAAAAGUGCGAUUCAAAGCGAGUGCGGCGACAAAGAAGCAGCUGAAAGAUCCUUACAAAUGGCCAAUCGCACUUCAAAAGUGGUGGCGGCGGGAGAAACUGGUGCACUUGUAGGAGUUCCAAUUGGGGCUGUAGCUGCAGGAGCUGGUUCCCUGGUUGCGGGUCGCAUCGGUCGUCCUGGUUCACCGGGAGCUAAAGGAGAGCCAGAAUCCAUCAGUGGAUUUCUUGGAAGAUCGCAAGGACCUAAAGGCGAUAGCGGAGCUCCUGGUACCAAUGGCCGUGAUGGACUUCCCGGUCCCCCUGGUCUUCCGUGCCCUGCUUCCAGUCCUAUUUUAGACGGCAGCCCCGUCGGAACCAUCGCCUAUCUCUACGAGGAGGAGAGUCUUCUAGUCCGCGUCCACAAAGGCUGGCAGUACAUUUCGGUGGUGUAA